AUGGCGGACGAUGGCACUAUGGAAGCUCUCCAGGCUCUCCAUAGAGACCUGACUACCGUUGUGGAAACUUUGAAGGAGGAUCGCGAGGACCGAGGUCGCCUAGCCCUAGCCCAGCUCGCACAGUCCCCCUUGCUGGAAGUGGUGCGCGACAACUUCCAGGGCCUGCUCGACAAGCGGCCUCGAAGGCAGCAAAGCCGUGACGCUGUUCUCUCAGGCAAGGUCAAGAUCGCCGGUGAAGAGUGGACGUUGAAUAAAGACUUCCAGGAGAUCAUAUUACAGGUCGCCGACGAGCUCGACCUUGACGAAGUCGAUGCCGCCAAACUCGCGUUACAAGCCGAAGAGGAGGAAAUUUCUCUAGGACGGCCCAGGCGAGAAUGUGCAAUCAUCAGGUUCCAUCAGCAGAGGAAAUAUCUGCUUAGCUGCAUGCUGUUGUUGCUCGAGCUCUCCAAAGAGGAGGACGAACUGCUAGCCGAUGAUCUGGGUGAUGAUCUUGGGCUGCUCGGGCCAUAUGUGAAUGAGAACAUUCUUCAUGGAAAUAAUCCUGGUCAAGCACCCCGGAAUUCGACGGUUAGGUUCGUGCCAAAAUGCGCCGCCAGCAUGCGCGACAUUCGAGCUUGGCUACAGAGACUCUCCGAGCAGGUAGCUGGUGCAGCAAUGCUGGAUCGUGGUACAGAAUUGCAUUUUCAGGAGACCGUCGAAUUCACCCACAUCAGCCUUAUACAGCAACACGAGUUUCUCUCCGUCAUUCUCUGCUAUGCAAUCGAGAAACGCAUGGCGGAAGAGACGCACUUUGUCGAAUUUCUUCGAGAAUUCAAGCAAGCUACGAGAUAUGACUUCUCGACAGUGCACUCUAUUCCCAUACUCGGUGCUUACAUAACACAGUUCGGUUCAACGGAAGGCAGUAGGAGCAUAGAGCAAGCCAGGGACUUGCACCAGGUCGUGUGCCAACUGACAGAUGAUGAAUCCCGCCAGAUUCCAUCUCUCAACGCUGUUGUGAGAGCCUGGUGGAUUGCUGAGUAUAGCGGUUGGUACAUGGAGGAUGCCGCUGGCUCAGUACUUCCCGAUAUCGAUAUUGAUGAAGAGGACAAGCAAAGAUCAAAACUAUUCACAGAAGCUCUGAAAGACGGCGCUUUCGACUUUUUGCUGGCUGUCGUGGCCGAUGCCAAGACUUCCGAAUGGCAGGACCCCUCUCAACAACGAUUGAGACAUCAUUUUCAGAAAAGGACGCCAUCUCUCCCUCAAGACACCGUCCCGUUUUCAACCGCGUUGCAAAACCGUCUAACGGCAAAGAUGGAGACAUUCAUCGACGCUUUCAUUUCCAACAUGCCUGAUGUACUCCGGAAACUGAAAAUCGAGGAAGAUGAACAACGCCAGACAGGCCAAACACAAGAGCAAGACUUGGAUUUGGAGAGAUUUCUUCUCAUCAUAGCGUACUCGUACGAAGGUCGACCCGACGCUGCGGAUGCUUUCUGGGCGGACCCUGAAAGCAACCUGGCAGGUUUCCUCCAGUGGGCAUCCCGGAGGACGACAACGCCGCUCCAAACCGUGUUCUGCGAGAUGUUGCAGUGCUUAUCCGACGAUCCGGAGGCUGCCACAUCGGCACACGAAUUUCUCUUGGAUGAGGGACACCAGAUGAGGAGGCCUCAAUCAAUCACGUGGGCUCGCAUCUUCAAGGAGUUUGAGUACUUUGUCAACAAGAUUAGGGAGAAUCCAAUCACGGCCCAAGCUCAUGCUCACAGAGCUGGAAAAUUCAGCAAUGACCAGGCGGAAGCAGAGCCAGAAGCCGCCAUGUUACAAGAAUCAUACCUUCGGCUCAUGACCAAGCUAGCACAGCAAAGCGAACCUGCCCGACUUUUUCUACUUCAGCAACCGAGGGAAAGAUUGGUGGAGCUGCUCUUCCAAGCGAUAAGCAGCCUCGUGACGCCACAGAUCAGAGCCUAUGCAUUCAGGGCGCUGAGCUCUCUCAUCAGCCGGAAGACCCUAUCCCAGAACUACGCUAUGUGGCAGUACCUUGAAUCUUGCCUUACGGGUCACUUCAUGUCACACGUCACGACCAGCAGGUCUCUGUCAUCAUCUGCGAGCGCACCACCUCCGUCGUAUUACAUGGAAGCACUCUUCCAGGAGAUGAGUCCCCAUUUCGACGAAACGAGUUCUUUCAUUCAGUUUUUGGCGGUUUUAACGUCCCUCCCCGAAGGACUCGGUCCUCUGAAUGAUGUCCUCCCUUUUCCAGAAAACCUGGGUGCGUCUGCCCGGACCCGCCCCGGCAUCGAGCCAUACGUUGAUUUUACAUUGGGCCAUAUGUUUGCGAUGCGGGCCCCUGAAGCCCAGGAUGCCGCCCAGCAGAGGAUCCUGCGUUUCCAGUGCCUGGACUUUGCCCUCGCAUGCAUUUCUACCUUUAACGAAGAUCUGAUCGUGUUUAGUAAUGAAUCCAACAUAAGCGUGGAUUCCGCUAUUCAGACCAAAGAUCUCGAAACCUACGUCACUCUUCACCCAUUCGCUCGAGUCAUGGAGUGGAUGUAUGACAGCAAAGUCAUGAAGAGUCUCCUUGACACCAUACAUCAGAAUUCGGCGGACGUCGGAAAGGCAGCCCCGGAUUCACCCCUCAUCCUUGGUGUAUUACGCGCAGUUGAGCUUGUGUCCAAGGUCAUAGACCUCCAAGCUACAUAUAUCGACCUGGUCCGAUCGAUCGUGAAACCGCAGAACCGGGCUCAAAGCCGAUCAUCUUACACACCCAGCUCUAAUGGAGCGUUUGCCACGGUGGAAGAUGGUCUCAUGACCAGCCUGACACUCAUAUCGGACCUCGGCGGCUAUUGUGGCAUAGGACACCCAGAUCUGACACUAGCCAGCUUGAAGCUCCUGGAGAAGAUCUCAACAUCGCCUAGGAUCAUCUCGGCUUGGCAGUCUGGGCCAUCAGGCCAAAGUAACCGCAACAAGGCCAUUAUAGCCCUGGAGGAACACGGCGAUGCGGAGGCUAUAGCCGGAGCCUUCUCCGCCGAGCUCACGAGCCCCCUUGACUUCCGCCGAGAGGGUGAUUCCCCAGAAUACCACAUCAAAGUCUACAUACUGGAUUUUAUAUACUCUUGUCUGCGGGCGAAUCCAGACCAACCCACCAUAGCUCACCUUCUCCUUGGUUUCCGAUGCACGGCUAACGCGCUGGAGAUUGAGUCAGGGGGUGCAUUCGACGAGAGAUCAGCUUUAUUCCACACAUUACUGCCCGUGGCCGUCGAGGUACCGUCAACAAGCGAGGACGGUGUCAUGCUGCAGUGGCUCAUCAAUCUGAAAUACAAGGUCAUGCGCAUCUUCAAGAUCCUAUGGAGCUCUCCACUCUCGGCGAGCAUCGUUCUCGAUGAGCUUCGGGAGAAUGACUUUCUCUUCCAUGUCCUAAUGCAAGGGCUCGUCACUCAGCAAAGUCUUGUAUGGGAUGGGUACGAAGCCAACGGGCCAGAUUUCCUUACAACACGUGCAGCUCAGGGCUAUGUCGACUACUUGUCAAUGCGGGCAAUGGCUCUCGAAUACAUCGCCCACGAACUUUGCAGUGUUUCGCAGGGUGAAACCCCAGCGUUGAAGCGACGCAUCUUCGACGCGUUGGGAGGGCAAAUCAAUAUUGACGGCGUGGAGCCAGUAUCCGUACCGUCGGUCUUCGAAUUCCAUGAUUCAUUGCCGGAAGAGUCACUAUUUGCAGCCCCUCCUCCUGAUCUCAGAAUGUACGGAGACCUCGAUAUCAGGCCGUGUCUCGAAGAGGACGAUGACUCAAACCCCAUAUACAAUGUGGAUAAGGUCCAUGAGAUGGUGCUCUUGAAACACAAUGACGGCAGCCAACCCGGCCAGAUUGUCUUGCAGCAAGAUGCGGCACUUGCGGAAGCAGAGGAGGAGAUCGUGUCCCUCUACGUGGUCUACCUCAACCGGCUUACCCAAAUCAAAGCGUAUAGCCUCAAAGUAUUGAGGGCCUGGACCAAGCUUCUGAUGGUGAUGACGGAUACCAACGACUUCAAAGGCACCAAUAAAGUCACGUUCAUCCUGCAGACAUUACAAGCGACGCUCCCGGGUCUCGAGAUGUACGGUUCCGAGAAGCCUGCUGCAGCUUACGAGUUGGCCAAACUUGCCAAGGUACUGCUGUACAAGCUGGACUUUACGACGAUGACUUCAGCUGACAAGCAAAGUCGGGCGGCCGAGACCCUGGUCAGCGAUAAGUUGUUCCAGCUACUACAGAUAUGCCUCAACGCCAUCACAAAAUGGGUCGGCAAUCAAGAGCUGCGCACAAUAUACUACAGCAUCUGCUACCGUCACCUGACCGGACUCGUCGACCAUGGGCAGGGGGCGCCGUUAGGGCUCCGGAAGACUGCUAAGACGAUACAGGUGUUCGGUGAGAAGCUUCUGAAUGUAAUCUGCGACGACGCGUUCGGAGGAGAUGCGGCAUGUCAAUCUGCGGCGUUGGUUCUCCUGGGUACACUGAUCCAGCUUGGCAGGCAGGAGGGUGACAACUACGUGGUGGAGGCGCUUAACAAGCUGAACUUCAUCGGCAUAGUCGUCGACUCUCUGCGUGGCUUGCUGCAGGAGUGGAUGGACGUCAACCGUACGGGCACCCCGGACCAGCAGCACUACCUGGAUGCCAAACUGGCGCUCCUGCUGCAGCUGUGCCAGACACGCGAGGGCGCCAAGUAUGUGCUGCAUGCGAACCUGUGGCGCGCAAUUGACCAGUCUGGGCUGUUCACGGUAGAUCCCGAGUUGCAAGUCGGUUCGUCGGACUCUAAGGGUCUGGAGCGGCACUAUACCCUCCUGGUCAAGGUGACCCGCAUCCUCGGUGUGGCCAUCAUCAGUCGGGGGUCGCAUAAUGUGGUGCAGGGCAGACGCUUCCUGACCGAGCACCGGAUGCUGGUCAUGCACGUCCUGAAAGGGUCGGCCGGUAUUGGAGCCGGGGCUGGCAAGAUGGACCCGAUGCUGGCAGAACGCAUCAGCGAACUGGCUGAGGCGUUCAUGGUCAUCAUCACCGCGACUGGCUUUCUCGAGUUUGAGAGUGAGACCCACGUCGAGGAGCACAAGCCGACGGCAGUGCUAUUUCACUGA